GUUGCUUGUGAGUCGGACGAGUCCAGCUGGCGCAGAGAGCUUGGCGUUCCUGGAGAUGCCACCUUUCAGCAAAUCAAAGCCGCAUGGCGACGAUUAGCGCUUCAACAUCAUCCUGACAAAGGAGGUGAUCUUCAACGGUUUCAGAAGCUGCAAGACGCUUUUCAGAGCUUGGUAAGCGUCAUCUCAGAAGCUGCCACCCAGAACGAACGGAACGAAGCUGCAGAAGCCCAACUGGCUGCCCGGUGCUUCCUCUACGAUAUCAUUGAAGGAGCGAAAUCGUGGGAGCAUGUGCUGCGUGGAUUGGAAACCGCAGUCUUGGAGUACCUCAAGGGCAUGCUGACGUAUGAAACUACGGCGAAGCUUGACAGAUGGACGAAGGCUGGCGCCACUGGAAUCAUCAGCCAGAAGACCGGCUACAGGGUCAAGGUAGGCUGGCACGGCUGGUACGUGCUGACGUCAGCCGUGACGUCGCUGGAGGAAGCGCUGUCAUGGCACGAAGCCCUGGUUUGCUUGCGGGCGAGGUGCAUGAGACGCGUGGAGGCUGAAAGCAGCACAAAGCCUAUGAAGGUCUCUGAGCUGUGGCAGAUGCUGCAAGAUGGAAAGUACACCCUCCCGCCUGCGCUGUUGCAAUUCAAAAGCGACAAGGUGCAGGGCCGCCUCCGGAAAUGGACGCAGCAAAGCAUGAGCGUGAAGACGGUGAAGAUGCACAAGGAAAGCAUGGACAAGGCGGGCGAGGCUGAAGAGCUUGAAAAAGUCCGAGAGAAGCUGAAAAGAAAGAGCGAAAAGGAGAAAACGGAGCACCGGAAUCGGCUCUCAAAGGUGAGACAGGCAACCUGCAAGGAGCUGGAGCGUCGGAACUCUCCAGGCACAGCUGCCAUCGAACCUGAGCAGCCGAAAUUGGCUCUGCCACCCGGCCCAGAAUUCUCAGGGGCCAAGCGGGAUGAGUGCCGUGCCAAAGCCGAGGGCAUUGCAUCCUACUUGCUGAAACAAUGGAGCGCCAACCGAUGA